UGGCGGUUCGAGGAUGGGGUCCCGCCUCUCUCGGAACCACUCGGUCAUGGCGUCUAACGAAACAGGGACCGCGAUGAUCCGCCUCGCGCUGCUGCUGAUGCUGGGGGCCGCCGCGGUGACGGCCCAGCGCCGCCUCGCCCUGCCCGACCCCAGGAGCUGCGCCAACAGGGUGCGCCACGCGACAUACCGCGACGCCCGCGGCGUGGCGCACGCCUACUUCUUCAGCUGGGAGCACGCGCCGACGCGCAGCCUCGAGGUGGACUGGCUGGACGCGCGCAACAUCUGCCGGCGCCACUGCAUGGACGCCGUGUCGCUGGAGACGCCGCAGGAGAACGAGUUCAUCAAGCAGAGGAUCUCUCGGGGCAACGUGCGCUACAUCUGGACGUCGGGCCGCAAGUGCAACUUCCAGGGCUGCGACCGGCCCGACCUGCAGCCCGCCAACGUGAACGGCUGGUUCUGGUCCGGCUCGGGCGCCAAGAUCGGCCCCACGAGCCAGCGCAACUCGGGCGACUGGAGCAGCACCGGCGGCUUCGGCCAGGCGCAGCCCGACAACCGCGAGGCCCCUCAGGGCAACGACGAGUCGUGCCUGUCCAUCCUCAACAACUUCUACAAUGACGGCGUGAAGUGGCACGACGUGGCCUGCCACCACGUGAAGCCCUUCGUGUGCGAGGACAGCGACGAGCUGCUCAACUUCGUGCGCUCCCGCAACCCCAACGUCCGCCUCUAGACCCACCCUCUCCCCCCCACAACCCACCCCCUUCUGUGAAUACAACCCCCCGUGCAACGUAGCUCCAGGGGCAGCUUUUGUACCUAAUUAUUUAAUUAAAUAAACAUAUUUUCUUAUUUAA